AUGCCUGAUGUCAAACGCAGCGUUCGCCUUGUAACGGAGCAGCACGUUAUCGACAAGCCGUCAGAGGUUGAAGGAUUCCCACAGCGUUCCUGGUCCAUCGAGGUCUGGCUCCUCAAUGAGAAGGGCGAGCAGGUCCCGGCCAACGUUUUUGACAAAGUCACAUAUCACCUCCACCCCAGUUUCGGUGCCCGGGCUACCCAGACCUUCAAGCAGCCCCCUUUCCGCAUUUCUGAGGAAGGAUGGGGUGAGUUUGACAUGACCAUUGAGCUCUCUGCCGACAAAUCGUACAACAUUGCCCACGACUUGAACUUUGCCCAGGAGCGCUAUGAGGCGAAGCACACCAUCUCUUUCCGGAACCCCAAGCCUGCUCUGCUGGCAGCUUUGCGUGAGAGUGGUCCAGUUCCUGGUGACGAGAAUGGGCUGAAGAAGCGCGGUGCCGGUGGCGAUGAGAGUGCCAAGAAGAAGAAGCGUACAAACAACAACUUUGAUAUGGAUAAAUUGGCCGAUGGCCUGCAGAAAUUGGGCGAGGAUGAUCUUCUGCGAGUGGUGCAGAUGGUGCAUGACAAUAAGUCACCAGACUCUUACACCAAGAACGACGUAGAGCAGGGCGAAUUCCACGUCGACCUCUUCACCCUCCCUGACUCUCUCGUCAAGAUGCUCUGGGACUUCACCGCCGAGAAGGGAGCCCUGUGA